GCAGAUCCGGGGAUACAGAAGGGAGGAGAGGGGCAGGGUCUAGUUGGCUAUAUAUAUAUUGCUCAUCUUCGCCUGAGCCCAGCACAGCUGUCUGUACCCUCUUUGUGAUUUUUGCUGUUGUGUCUGACUAACCAGUGCAUCAUGGGUGAAAAAUUGGAAGACUUAAUGAUCAAGCUCAUUGGAACCUUUAAGACAUAUGCUGGAAAAGAUGGAGAUGGCAAUUUUCUGAACCAGGAUGAGCUGUGUGAACUGGCUACAAAGGAAUUCCCUACAUUAUGUACUAGUGGAAAGAAAGAUGAAAUCCUGAAAGGGAUAAUUGGCGAGAUGGACAUGGAUGGGGACAAGAAAGUGUCCUUUAAAGAAUUUAUCAUCUUCUUCGGGUUCCUCUCAUUAGCACUGGAGGAUUAUAUGGGUAAAAAAUAAAUAAUGGCUGUCGGGCAUUAAGGGAAAUGGGCAUAUUACAAUAUUUGUAACUAAAAGCUGUCAAUAAAAAUUUAACUUUUGGUAUGUCA